ACAGAAAUAUUGUAACCAUGUAUGCAUGUGUUUGCACGCUGCAGUAAAACAACAUUGCCUCUUGUGUCUAAUGCAUUUGCAAAUAGCUAUAAAUAAAACACCAGUUGUGUCAUUAAUUCACGCGGCUGCUUGCACUAAUAAGCGUAUUGUCUGAUACUUUAGGCACAACAGAGGAAUAAUUUGGCGUUACAAAAUAUGCAUCAUUUGAAUUGUAAAGAACAUUUGGAGGCAGAUUCUUGUAAUAGAUUCUUCUAUUGUGAUAUGUUUGACAACAAUUCUAUAUGUCGCAACAGUUUUAACAACUUCAUUCAAGCACAAAUUACGCUUAACUACAGUAAUGAGACAGACAAAUGUCAACAAUUUCUGUAAGAAUGUUGUCAAUUGUGGGUGGAUGUGUUUUGUUGGACUAUUUGCGAAUUAAAAUAUGCAGAAAACAAUAUGGGGGAAGUGUAACUCUCCUGAUUUGAAUUCUUUAACUGUCUCCGACUUCUGUUCUCAGUACAGUUUAAUGUCACUGUGUCACAUGUCAAGUGUGGCAGCUUUGCUUUUUGUUUCCUGUCACACAUACACAAGCACACGCAUGGACACAAACCUAAAAACAGAAAUGAAACAUAAUUUAUCUCAAAUGUCUUGCAUAGCAACGGUUACAUUCUGUUCUGGUGAUACAUGAUUCUGUUAAAAAAGAUGUUUUUUUAUAACAUUUCAUCAUUAAAUAAUGUCUAUCUCAUUUACAUUUUUACAUUUGAAUAUAACAUCUACAUGAAUAAAACAUCCAGUGCUAACAUCUACAAUAAAUGUCAUGAAGUUUGUAAAAAUAUCUCUUUCAUAGGAGCAAUGGGAGUGGUCAUCAUCUCUGUUAGAACUCUUAUCUCUUUGAAAAUUAUCAUUGUGAUCCAACAGGUUCAGCUAAAUGUCAUGUUUAUCUUUUUGUCUUGUAGUCUCGCACAUAGUUAUAUGGAUGGCGGGUAGCAGCUUUGAGACUGAAUUCCUGCAUACUCAUAAUUCAUACCGCAAGCAGCAUGGCGCCCCGCCCCUCACCGUAAACAGAAACCUGUGUCGUUCCGCCCAGGCAUGGGCGGAGCACCUGCUGUCAAUCAGGACACUCAAGCAUAGCACCAAGGACUAUGGGGAAAAUCUGUAUUAUGCUUGGAGUUCAGCGAACACAAAGCUCACAGGACAUGAAGCAGUGGAAAGCUGGUAUAAAGAAAUUAAAGACUACAAUUUUAGCAGGCCAGUGUUCAGCUCACAAACAGGUCACUUUACCCAGGUGGUGUGGAAGGACACAAAGGAGCUGGGGGUUGGCCUGGCCACUGAUGGAAACACAACCUUUGUAGUGGGUCAGUACCUUCCUGCAGGAAAUAUCAGCAAUUCUGGUUAUUUUCAGAGGAAUGUUUUACCAGCCGGCUCUCUUCUGGAUUCUAAGUCCACUAGUACUGGCAACAAAGUGGGACAAACAUAUGGUGCAUCGAACAUGCAUUCAGACAGAACACCAUCACAUCCUCGCAGUACUGCAACAUCACCACCAGGGGGCAAAGCAGAGCCUCAUGUUGGUAGCGGUUGUGCGGACAGAAGCUUUGAAAUUGAGUUCCAACAGACCCACAACACAUACCGCAAAAAACACGGAGCACCACCCCUCACCAUAAACGGAAACCUGUGUAGCUCUUCGCAGAAAUGGGCGGAGCAUCUGCUGUCAAUCAGGACUCUCAUGCACAGCAAUGGGGACCAUGGAGAAAAUGUGUACUAUGCAUGGAGCUCAGCUACCAAAAAACUCACAGGAUGUGAGGCAGUGGAAAGCUGGUACAAUGAAAUUAAAGACUACAACUUCAGCAGGCCUGGAUUCAGCUCCAAAACUGGUCACUUCACACAGGUGGUGUGGAAGGACACGAAGGAGUUGGGAGUUGGAUUGGCCACUGAUGGCAACACUAUAUUUGUAGUGGGUCAGUACCUUCCAGCAGGAAACAUCAGCAAUGCUGGUUAUUUUGAAAGAAACGUCCUACCAGCAGGCUCCCCUGUAGACCUUAAAUCCAGCUCAUCUGCUGACAGAGUUGGACAAGCACUUUCUGCUCUCAGCAUCAGAUCAAAUCAGCUACCUUCAGCAUAUCAUACUUCUGAAUCACCAGCACAUAAGAGCCUCCCACCUCCACAGAGCAGUGGGAAAAAAGGUCAGGACUUGUCACAGUUUCGUCAGUCCCUCCUCGACGCUCAAAACUAUUACAGACAGCAACACGGGUCACAACCUCUCUCACUGUGCCCGGUCCUCUCUAAAGAGGCUCAGGACUGGGCAGCACAUCUGGUUAGCAUAAACACCCUGAAAAACAGCGGCAAAGGCCACGGAGAAGCUUUGUCAUACAAAUGGACCUCCAACAUGGUGCCACCAACAGGAAAUGAGACUGCCGAAUCAUGGUACAAAGAAAAGGCAAAAUACAAAUUUGCCAACCCUGGCUUUCAGAGUGGAGCAGGUAACUUCACCCAAAUGAUAUGGAGGUCUACAGAGAAAGUUGGGGUUGGUCUGGCAUCAGAUGGAAAGGGUAUGUUCAUCACUGUGGCCUUUUACAAACCUCCAGGCAACAUCACCAACCCCGGCUACUUCCAGGACAAUGUCAAACCUGCUGGAAAGUAAUGUGCUGAACUAAGUUGAAGCAUUUUACAUCUUUUUAAGGAAUAAAUCAGAAUAGAUCAAUUUUUUUCACCCUUGUAUCUUUUCCAAUUGGAUUGCAUGAAAAUAUUUCUGAAGAAUAAGCAGACAAUUUUGCAGAGUUUUGACUCGUCAUAGUGACAAGUUGCUGUCAAGUUCGUUAAAGGAUUCAAGUAUUAUAAAGGUAUAGUCCAUACGACUACCUUCUUAGGGUCUUCUAUGCCAAAUGAUAGUUUUGUGUGAGGAAAAGACCAAUGGUACUGUACAGUGUUUAUUCUUCACUGAUAAUGAUACCUCUGUCUGAAACUUGCAUCUAGAACUUAUAUCCAACCUUCAAAAAUAGUCUAAAAUAAAAAAGUAAAUGCUAGUAAAAUGUCAAAUGGGUUUUGAAAAUAUAUUUUUUUCUCUCUUUCACACACACGCAUACAGUAAAUGUUACCCAUCUGUCAUUGCCCUGGAGAGGUUAAAUGCAGUGGUGUAGUUGAGGGUAUAGUAUAAGCAGGUAUAUGGCGUAUACUCACUUCUUUAUCAGUUGGCAUUGCGUAUACCCACUUGUGUAGUGCAGGGUAUGCACGGGUAUACGGCGUAUACCCUCUGUAAUUUUUCCAUGGUGUGUCAUAAAAGUCGUGAAUAACAGGACAAACUGAACGAGCUCUCUAGAAAUCAAAGCAUUAUUUUCUGUAGGCUAUAUAACCAAAACACAUACUGUAUUAUUUGGAAACUCUAACAGAAAGAAAAGCUUUUGUUUUGAGUUUCCCAGGUCUGUGUAUAUAUACACUCUGUAUCUUUCUGUGUUACUCUGAGGCUCAUAUUAAGGGUUUGUAUGGGAAGAGUUUCUAUAGCAGUCCUUCUGCUGUUUCUAUGGAGCUCUUUGUUGUAGCAACUGAAAACAGAGUUUUUUCUUGCCGUGUUACAUUUCCUCAUAGGAAUCACCAGCAACAGUAUAGGAAGUAAAAACAGCAGCAGGCAUUAUCUACAAGGCUAGCCAAAUUAACUGUAAGCCUGGGUGCCUGUUACACCAAAAAGAAAAUGAUUGUAGUUGGUGCUUUAGUGCUCCCUUAUGUCAUCAUACAGUGCAUAAGUGGAUUCGGUGUGUUUUAAUGAAGGAUAAAAGAUUAAUUGUAUUCUUGAACAAUAUUACUUUUUCCAUGAAAUUGGUAAAUUGGUUAAAUUUAGGACACAAAUCUUUAGUAAAAACAAGAUGUCCAGAUACUCUGAUUGUUUAAUUUUUUAAUUGUAAAUAUUCAUAUUCAGGGGAAAAUGUGCAUACUGAUGUUCUACUUUGGCUGUUCAAUGUUUCUGCCAGGCAUCUUUUGUUCAAUUUGAAAAGUGGUGUGUGCAAAGCAGCUGUUACCAUGUUAGUGUUACACUUUGAGUGUUUAUCAAUAAUGUAGUGAGUAGUUUUGCCUUACACCCCUUUUUCAUCUACACACAAAACACAAAGUUACCCAUAUACCUGUUCAGAGCAUCUCAAGUUUAGACUUUCUCAAAACCUGAGUUAGCCAAACAUUUGUGCCCUAUACUGUAUCUCUGUUCUGCUGCACAGUCAGCACACCCUAAAACAAUAACAAGUACAGUCAGUUUUACCUUCAUUUUACAUCUCAAAAUGGGACCCUUUGGUCUAACACUAUAAAGACAGGUCAGACAGAUAGUUAAUUCUGAACUGUAUAGAAGAUGAUGUCAAGAAGCUUUUGAUUCUCCAAGCCAGGAUCAAACAAGCCCUGCUCUAGACUGAAGCAAAUAUAUUCUGGGAAAGCUUAACACUAAAAACUUUCUAAUGGUUUUGUUAUAGCUGAAAUUGGUCUGAAAAUGUCUUUGAGCAAACCUGAUCAUAAACAUUACAUUCAUGCCUAAAGUAUAUACUCCCAUUUCAUUUGGCUCAGCUCAGCCUACGUCUGUUCUUCAUCGCAUGCAUGAACCGAAUCUCCCAUAGUAUUGAUGACACCUGUGAUAAAUAAUUUACAAAUCCUUUGCAUCCCACUUGUGAUGAGACACAAGCACAAAAUAUAUUUGUAAUAUAUUUAUUUUAAUAUAUUUUUAUUGCUUAUUCAAUCACAACAUUUAUGUCUUUUGCUUAAGUGAAAAUAUACAUUUCCAAAUAUUCUUUGCCAACAACCCUAAUACAGUUUUUGUACACCAUUGUUGUCACAGAAUAAAAACAACAUAUAGUGAAUAAACAGAUGA